UAUAAGGUUUGAUUGAGUGGCAUCUGACCCGGCAUUCCCGCGCACAUGUCAAAAACGUAAGGAGAUUCCAUGGCAAAGUUUCACUCACCUUUGUAACCUGGGGAGCGGCCCACGCAUUCCCCGCCCUAUAAAAACCAAGCCCGUUCGUCAGAAGCACCUUAGUUCUUCGCAAGACUUCAACCUGUCGAGAAGUGAGAGUCUUCCGUGUCUACGACGUCUUCGACCACCUCUACAACUUUCACCGCACUCUCUCUUCGAGUCUUCUAACACAAAGCUCUAGAGAAGAAACCAUGACUGGGACCGGAGUUUUCCUGGCGUGUCUAGCAGCGCUGCUGUCCGCGGCCGGAGCCAACGUGUUGCUGUCUGAGGUGCCUUGUAAGGGCGACACGGCCAAGCAGAAGUACACGCUGGUGUUCGAAGGUCUGUGGUCCGAGAAGAGGUUCCCAAAGCAGUACCCGAUCUACCGGCCAAAGGCUUCCUGGUCUUCUCUUGUCGGAGUAACCCAUAAUGAAGAAUACACGCUCUGGCACAAGGGAGAGACGGCUUCUGAGGGAGUCAAGUUGUUCGCCGAGAAGGCCGGCGCCUAUCAGCUGUUCUCUGACAUCGCUAACUCCAAGGGAACCAGUGGCAAGUUCUUUGCUGACGAGAUCAAGAAAUCGGGAGUUGGGGAGAGGAAAACAGACUUCGCUAUUGAUGCUGACCAUUCAAAGGUGUCGUUUAUGGUGAAGAUUGUGCCCAGUCCAGACUGGUUUGUUGGCCUGGACAGCAAGGACCUUUGCCAGAACGGGAAGUGGAUUGACCAGUUUUCCACCAGCCUGGGACCGUGGGACGCCGGCACGGACAAGGGAUUCACAUUCACCUCACCUAACUGGGCUACAGUGCCACAGGAGCCCGUAUUCCAGAUCAGCGCGCAGUUCCCCAACCACCCUGCCAACUCGUUCUACUACCCGAGCCUGCGGAAGCUGCCGGCUCUGGCCAGGGUCACCCUGACGCGGGACGGCGCUGACCUCUCCAAACUGGACGAGCUGGCUGAGCUUGUCGAGGAGGCAGAAGAGGUUGUUUCCUUGGACUGUGAUGUGUCGAACUGGUCCGGGUUCAGCCGGUGUACCAGGCAGUGUGGGGGCGGCAUCAAGGCGCGAUCACGGUACGUUACGCAGAAGCCCCUGAAUGGCGGUAAAACAUGUCCAGAGCUGGCUGAAAUCGUACGUUGUAACGAGGACCCUUGUGAUGCCCCGAAGACUGACAAAAACAACGACCUCUCCAAGCCGAAAGAGCCAGUCAAGACUGUGGAGGAAGUAAAGGAGAAACCUGAAGUUGUUGCCUUGGACUGUGAAGUGUCGAAGUGGUCUGCCUUCAGCAAGUGCAGCAGUCGGUGUGGCGGCGGCAGCAUGGUGCGAUCACGUAAUAUCACACAAAAGCCGUCGAACGGCGGGAAGCCAUGCCCCCAGCUGUCUGAGAAGAAACAGUGCAACCUGGAGCCCUGUCCUGUCACGAAGGAGAUCCCCGACAACGAUCUGUCCAAGCCAGAAACUCCAGCCAAAAUUGUGGAGAAAGAACAAGAUGAACCGGUACCAGAAGUUGUUGCCACGGACUGUAAGGUGUCAGACUGGUCUGGUUUCAGUAAGUGCAACAGGCGGUGUGGUGGAGGCGUCAUGGACAGAUCACGAACCGUCACACAAAAGCCGUCAAACGGUGGGAAGCCAUGCCCUCAGCUGCACGAGAGGAAAGAGUGCAACGUGGAACCCUGUCCUGUCACGGAGACUAUCAAUACAAACGAUCUGUCUAAGCCAGAAACGUCAACAAAAACUGUGGAGAAAGAACAAGAGGAGACGACAACAGCUGCAAAAGUCGUUGCCUCGGACUGUAAGGUGUCGGACUGGUCUAGUUUCAGUAAGUGCAACAGGCGGUGUGGAGGAGGCGUCAUGGUCAGAUCACGAACCGUCACACAAAAGCCAUCAAAUGGUGGGAAGCCAUGCCCCCAGUUGUACGAGAGAAAACAGUGCAAUGUGGAACCCUGUCCCGUCACGAAGGCCGUCAGCGAAAACGAUCUGUCUAAGCCAGUAACGCCAGCCAAACCUGUGGAGAAAGAACAAGAUAAGCCAGAGGUUGUUGCCUCAGACUGUAAGGUGUCGGACUGGUCUCGUUUCGGCAGGUGCAACAGGCGGUGUGGCGGAGGCAUCAUGGUCAGAGCACGAACCAUCACACAAAAGCCGUUGAACGGCGGGAAGCCAUGCCCUCAUCUGUACGAGAGGAAACGGUGCAAUGUGGAGCCCUGUCCUGUCAGGAAGGCCAUCAAUGUUGUCCCCCCUAAGCCACAACAGUCAGCUGAGGGUGUAGGAAAAACAGAGCAGGACCCAAAAGUUUUGCACUGUGAGGUGUCGAACUGGUCUGGCUUCAGCAGAUGUAGCAGACGAUGUGGCGGUGGACUCAUGGUGCGAUCAAGGUACAUCAGGCAGAAGCCGGUUAACGGUGGGACGCCCUGCCCCCGGCUGACGCAGAUCAGACGGUGUAAUCUGAACCCCUGUCCGGCCCAGCUCGCCAUCAGCAGUGAUGACAGGCUGCAGAGGCUGCUGGCCAGGUUCAGACUUUACGGCCGCCGUCAACAGGCUCAACAAGUGCAACAGUAGACUUCAGGAUAGAGAAGAUCAUAAUCUCCAAGCACAUCUUUCAUUGGCAAAGUCGUAACCAACUGGGCACUGCACUGUCUGGCCAAUUUGACAGUGUUCAACCGAUUGGUUAAGACUUUGCCACCGAAAUAUCUGCUUAAUUGGACAACACGCAGACCACAUUUGACACAGAGUGCCUCUGUCUUCACUACCCACAAUGGUGUGAUAAGAAUAUUUGAUGUGAUGACACUUUUGUAACACUUGAGAACCUCCUGCAGGAAAGUCACUUUAACACGUCAAGAUUUAAUACCUGUUUACUGAUCCAGACAUUCUAAGCACUAUGAUGUUGAUGUACGUAGUAACGGUUCAUGUAUUUUAAAGUGUGCGUUAUGAUUGUAACCGGCACGAUUGAAGGUUGAAGUGUUGUACAUACCAUACCUGUUUAAAUGUAUUUCAUGUCCACAGCUUGGCCUUGAUGUUGAAAGUUGAAAAUUUGUGAUUGAAACAUAUUUUCCUUAUAUUACCCAUCCUCUUUUUUGUACGUUUGAACUCAUGUACGUUACUUUAUCACGUUGCUGACCAAACCAUAAAAAGAGACAGUUCGUCACUUAAAAAAACCAAGGUACAAAAAGAGACAGUGGGGUGAAGUGAUUGUGCUGCUCGAAGAAUCUGGGUGUGUGUGUGUCAUCAUGUACAUCAUUAUGCAACAAGUCACACUGGAGAACAUUUAUCAUGACUAUGCAAGUCACAAAAUGUUUUAAGUGAUUAGGUUUAAGUUAGUAUCUUACAGAUUUGUUCUGCAUAUACAUCACUUGGCUUUGCCGGCCAAAGUUAAUCGAUGACAGAUAUCUGUAAGUCAGACGAUUGUGAUUUUUGUUUUUGUAUGUUCUCUGUGUUCGUUUUCGUCUUUGUAAAGGUUAGUUA